GGGCCGAUAACCGCUGCAAACCGAGUCAUGCAGCGCGGCCAAUCACGCUGCUUCCUGAUCUGCUUACCGCCGACAUCGGCGCCGACCCCUCCCUCUGGCGCAAAGCUCUCUGGAGCUACUUGAAGGCGGCUUCAUCCUUUAUAUACUCCGUACACAGCUUUCUGUUCUGAUAUUCCUCCUUCAUCUCUCAUCUGUUCAAACCGAGAUCUUUUUGUGCUUUGCCUCUAAUCAAUAUCUAUCCUCCCGAUCACUACAAACGCAAAGACAACGAACAAUUGAGCUACCUAGCUUGCCCGCCUCUUUAACCAGCAGGAGGACGGAAUCAUGCCUGCCGCAGAGAAGAAACCUAAGACUCUCUAUGACAAGGUCUUCCAGGACCAUGUUGUGAAUGAGCAGGAGGAUGGAACUAUCUUGCUCUAUAUUGAUAGACAUCUCGUCCACGAAGUCACGUCACCUCAAGCGUUUGAGGGGCUUAAGAAUGCUGGGCGGAAGGUACGGAGACCAGAUUGUACUUUGGCCACAGUAGACCAUAAUAUCCCCACCACAUCUCGCAAGACGUUUAAAAAUGUCGAGAAUUUCGUGCAAGAGAUGGACUCGAGGCUGCAAUGUAUGACCCUGGAGGAGAAUGUGAAGGAUUUCGGGCUCACAUACUUUGGCUUGGGGGACAAGAGGCAGGGAAUCGUGCACGUCAUCGGUCCGGAACAGGGGUUCACACUUCCAGGCACAACCGUAGUCUGCGGUGACUCCCACACAUCGACGCAUGGCGCUUUUGGCGCCUUGGCAUUUGGGAUUGGCACCAGCGAGGUCGAACAUGUGCUGGCCACGCAGACACUCAUCACCAAGCGCAGCAAGAACAUGCGUGUUCAAGUUGACGGUGAGCUUCUACCAGGUGUUAGCAGCAAGGAUAUUAUUCUCCACGUGAUUGGUGUGAUUGGAACUGCUGGUGGUAAUGGCUCUGUCAUUGAAUUUUGCGGUUCCGCUAUCAGAGGGCUUAGCAUGGAGGCGCGUAUGUCUAUUUGCAACAUGAGUAUCGAGGCUGGCGCUAGGGCUGGCAUGGUUGCACCAGACGAGACUACAUUCGAAUACUUGAAAGGAAGGCCCUUGGCGCCAAAAUACGAUAGCCCUGAGUGGAAGAAGGCUGUGAAGUAUUGGUCGAGUCUGAAGUCCGACGAAGGUGCUGUAUAUGAUAAAGAAGUUUUCAUCGAUACAAAGGAUAUCGUCCCAAGCGUUUCUUGGGGUACCUCCCCGCAGGAUGUCGUACCAAUCACUGGAGUUGUCCCCGGGCCAGAUGACUUUACAGAUGAGGAUAAGAAGGCGAGCGCAAAGCGCGCUUUGGAAUACAUGGGACUCACUCCCGGCACGCCAAUGCAAGAUAUCGUCGUCGACAAGGUAUUCAUUGGAUCUUGUACCAACUCCCGCAUCGAAGACCUGCGCGCUGCUGCUCACGUGGUUGAGGGUAAGAAAGUAGCUCCAAACAUCAAACGGGCGAUGAUUGUCCCGGGAUCGGGUCUGGUCAAGCAACAAGCAGAAGCUGAGGGUCUAGACAAGAUCUUCACUGCUGCUGGAUUUGAAUGGAGAGAAGCUGGUUGUUCUAUGUGCCUCGGCAUGAACCCAGAUAUCCUCUCCCCACGCGAGCGAUGUGCCAGUACAUCUAACCGAAACUUCGAAGGUCGUCAGGGGGCUUACGGGCGGACACAUCUCAUGUCCCCGGUAAUGGCUGCUGCUGCCGCUAUCGUCGGCAAGCUUGCUGAUGUCCGAAAAAUCGAAACUGCCCAUCCACUGACCCAAAAGAGGGUCGCGCCAAAGGUUGAUGUCGAAGCCGUCGUUGACGAAAUCGAUACCGAAGAUGACCUGGAACGCAUCCUCGACUUCCCUGAAGACAAUGAACCGCACACUAAUAGCUCUACACCCCAUACGUCAGCUGGUCUGCCAAAGUUCACGACGCUUAAAGGCAUUGCAGCACCACUAGACCGUGCGAAUGUGGACACAGAUGCCAUCAUCCCCAAACAAUUCCUCAAAACCAUCAAGCGCACCGGUCUAGGAAGCGCCCUUUUCUACUCCUUGAGAUUCGCUGAAGACGGUUCUGAGAAACCAGAUUUCAUCCUCAACCAAGAACCAUACCGCAACGCCAAAGUCCUCGUAACAGGCGUGAACUUUGGCUGCGGUAGCUCCCGAGAACACGCUCCAUGGGCUCUCCUCGAUUUCGGCAUAAAAUGUAUAAUCGCUCCUUCAUACGCAGACAUAUUCUUCAACAACACAUUCAAGAAUGGCAUGUUGCCCAUCAUCAUCACCGAUAGCACUGCAUACCAGAAUAUCUUCGCGGAAGCUCGUGCUGGGAAUGAGUUGGAAAUCGAUCUCCCCAACCAACGUGUCAACGACGCCUCAGGAAACAAGCUGGCGGACUUCGACGUUGAGCAAUUCAGGAAACAUUGCCUUGUCAAUGGUCUGGAUGACAUUGGACUCACGAUGCAGAUGGAGCAGAAGAUUAAGCAGUUCGAGGCUGUUCGCUCGUUGGAGACGCCAUGGCUGGACGGCACGGGAUAUCUGAAACGCGGCAAUGGGAAGAAAGGCCCAGUAAUGGUUUCAGCUGCCGCUGUUCCGAAAACGAAUAGGGGUGAAGUAAAGGGGGAACCAUUGGAGUGGUGAGGAGAAUUUUGAUUGUCGGGAAUGGAGUUUCGUAGGUUUCUUUUUUGAAAAGGACAAGCGCAUCUAAUGCUGGAAAGGGAGAUUAAUUCUAUAUUUGAUCAGAUCUAUCUGUUUUUUCCUUGCUGAGAUACCAUUUUUUUCUUCUGCUCUUUCUCUCAAAACACAAUUAUAGUUCGCUUAUCCGUUGUUUAAUAUUUACUUUUCACUUUCGGCUCAGUCCAUGCAUGCUCUUUAGAAGGAAAAAGCUAAGAAAAAGGGACUUCGAUUGAAGCCCUUCACCGGGCUAGGUUUUAUAGCUAGUUGAAUGAAAAUUUCGAUCCCUUUUGUGAAUGCCUGUAGAUGUAUCCAUCCCCAUUCUUGUGCACACCACUGCUCUCCCUCUUUAUAGCUGUUUAUGCAGACAGUGCCCCAACUACUCCCCCUUAAUUUCCCUUACUCCUACAUAGGCUAACCUAACCCCCUGGCCUGACUUUAACAACGCUAGAUUUCAAACCGGCUGAAAGGGGAGAAAAAUAAUUCCAUUUCUUAAGGAGACUACUUUUUUCCUCUAAUCUAACAGAUUUACGUUUCAUUUCCCUCUAUCGCCUAUGAAAAGGAAGAGCACUUGUAAGGAAGGACAUUAUAAUCGUCCGCGGUCUCUAUCUACUCCGGAGUCCGAACCUCCCUGGUUCGGGGAUUAAUAACUGUGCUCGUUCGAACAUAUCCAUGUUGCCUGCAAAGAGAGUAUCAUUUGUAAUGUACGUUUAUUUAAGCUCUGCGCAGUAGAUCAUCACACAUUCCCCACACCACUCCGCCGACUAGAUUUAGCAACAGUAUAGGUAGCAUCUGCAACGAUUGGGUGUGCAUGUUGGCAUUUCGAUAUUGGAAAGAAUAGAAAGCCGAUGGUAUUAAUAGGUCAAGCUGUGUCUGGAUUUGGAUAUCCCUAUGCCCUUCCUUUCUAGAUUCUGUAUGUCAGCUGAAGACGUGGUAGGGGUUGCUUGGGCCGGUUCAAGUCAAAAUAUCAGACAUGGAAUAAUCGGCGCUUCCAUAGAAUUGCUCUGCAUCUGUCAUUAGUUAUUAUUACGCCCGAUGCUG